AUUCAACCAAUUAGAAUGAUUCUUCCUUAAUAUUAUCUGUUGAUUGUUAACUUUGAACAGUUUAUUAUACUCAAUAAAUCUUUUCCACUAAACAUUCCACAUUCUAUAAGUUUCCAUUAAAUAUGAUGACAUAAUGUUUAUCAAUAAUUGGUUUAUUAAAAAAGAUGGUUUUAUUCAACACAGAAAAGAAUUGAAUCAAUCAAUAAUCAUCAUGAAACAGAACAGUUCAUUCAUUUGCUAUCACUUUAUUGUUUCCUUUAAUAAUCUAAAUUGAUUGAGCUUCUAAUAGCUAUCUGAAAUAAUCAUAUGGAUUUAACUGUAUUAUUGAAGUGAUUUCAAGCUUGGAUAGUUAUGCCAAUUUUUAAUCAUUGUCCAAUUCAAGCUAAAGAUUAUUGUCAAAAUGGUGGAGAAUGCUUUUAUUUAUCCGGAGAUCCAAGUGUAUAUAUGUGCAGCUGUUUUAUGCCAUUCUAUGGACCCCAAUGUGAACAUAAAGCACCUGGCAAAGAUAAACAAAUUGAAGUUGAAGAAAUACAAAAAAAUAUAAAUAAUGAUGAGAAUAAUGAAGGUUUUAUCAUUAAAAGAUCAGUUGAUCGUGCAAUGACAUUGACUGCAUUAAUUUUUAUUGUGGUCACAUUUUUAGGAAUGUUAAUUUUAGCUUGGUAUAUUUCUAGGCGUAGGCGUAAAGAUUAUGCUAGAUGGAGAAAAAUGACCGAAUUAGCAAUGAAGUCGAGUAUCAAAGAGAAAUCUGACAAACAAACACAAAUCACAUUUGAUCAUCUUGAUGAGAAAGAAACUUCUUCACUAAAUAAAUCUAUUCAUUCCUUGGACAAUAAUAGACAUUUUGAUGAUGGUGAUCCUGAAGUAGUUAAUGAUAAAGAAGAUAUAGAAGCUCAAUUUAAGUUGGCUAAAACCAAUUCAGAUCAUUGUCAAAAACAGAAUGAUGAAUAUUCAGAUUUUAAUAUGCGAAAUGAAGAAACAAUGAAAUCUACUGACGAACUGAAUAUCUGCAAAGAGAAUCAAUUCAAUUCUGGCAUGACCAUAGCUUCUAAUACUACUACUAGUAAUAAUAAUGAUAUUGAUACAACAGACUUAUCAAAUAGCAAUCCUAUUGAAUUAAAUCAGAAAAAACGAACUAAAAGUAAACGAAUAGCUCCAAAUUCAAAUAAUCCUCUUCUACUUAAUCAAUCUGUAAUAGAUCGUAAUCAAUUAACUGAUACAUUAGAUGAUAAUCUAAUGAAUAAUGAAGAAUAUGCUGAUUUGAGAGAAGAAACAAAAGAGAUAGGCGUAAACGUCAUAAAAAAUUCACAUACAGUACAAUCAUCAAACAAAUCUAACAUAAAUAUACGAAAUGAAGUUGAUCAUAACUUUGAUCAAUCUACACAUCUAUCCAUUGAAAAUCAACAUCAUCUUAAUAAAUCUUAUGAUCCUAUUAUCAUUAAUACUAUUGGUCGAAAAUUAACCAAUCCAAAUUAUCCUAUAGCAACUAUUUUAAGUAAUGCUAUUUUAGAUAGACCAUAUAUUAAUGCAGAUGAAAUUCAUACAUUAUUUGAUCAACAUUCACCGAAUUCAACAUUGAAUCCUUAUCAUGAUUUAGAAUAUUAUAAUCCUAUGAAUACAAAAAUAAGUUCAACUUUACCACGUGAUUAUAAACAAGAAAUAUAUUCAACUAAUGUUAAAAGUGGUAAUAGUACUACUAAUAAUAAUAAUAAUAGUAGUAGUCAUGGUAACAAUAAUAGUAAUACUGUCCAUAGAAACCCAUCAUCUCGUUAUUUAAAUACAGAAUAUAAGAAUAAUAAAUUAGUUUAUGGACCACAAGAACCAUUUACUGUAGCAUCACAACAUGAUGCAUUAUUAUCAGAUUUAUUACAUCGAGGAACGAAUUCAAAUCCUAGAGAAUCACGUCCAAAAAGUACAUUUUAAUGAUAAUAAAGUAAAUUAACGAUACAUAUAAAAUACAUAUUAGUAUAUACAUACAUGAAUUAUUCAUGUACAUAAUCAUAAUUCAUCAAUAUCAUCUUAACUAUUAUCAUCUACAUUAUGGAAUUGAACACUGAACGAAUGAAUGAUGGCGGUAAGAUUAGUACAAAACAAGUCUAUAAUAGCUACUGAUAGAAAUAUAUCAGGGAUCAAUUUCAAAUUCAAUCAAUCAUUGAUCUCAGUAUCUUUUUAUUCAAGAAAUUAAAGAACAACACAUUGUUGCUACUACUGAUAUUCAAGUAGAUUGAUCAAAUUUGCCAGUAUUCAUUAUAGAAUUGUUUUUCUUUUCCAAUAUUCUUAUCAAAACAGCUAUUAUGUAAUGGUAUUUAUUGCAUAUUAAUGAAAUACAGAGAUUAAUAUUUUUCAUAUAUUACUUUUACUCUUCAUAGUUGAAAUCAUUAGCCGAUUGAAGCUAGA